AACAAAAAUUUGCUGAUCUUAAUGAAUCAGGAAUACCUAUAUAAAAACUUGUAUUUAAUACUUGUAUAAUAAUAAUACUUUGUAUAAGGUCUUAAAAACUGUACCCAACACACUAUGUUUGGUUUUCACAAAAUAAUGUCCAUUUAUUGCAUUUUAUUUCUAUGCUUAAUAGCAGUUGCCGUUGAUAGCCAGGAGAAUGAAACAGUGAACACCGUAUGUUUUGACGGUUUGGGAUGCCUGGACUUCAAACCUAACCCACUUGAGGAAUAUCAAAAUCCAAUAGAAAGUUUCAUUCUUUUUACUAGAAAGAAUUUAGAAGAGGGUCAGAUACUAGAAGUGAACUCCAGUGAAACAAUAACAAACUCAAAUUUUCAACCAAAAAAACCUACAAAGUUGAUCAUCCACGGUUACAUUUCCAAUGCAGAUGCCCAAUGGAUGAUAACGAUGAAAAAUGAACUGUUAAAGAAUUCCAACUCAAAUGUCAUAUUAGUACAAUGGUCCAGUUGGACCGACUAUGAUACCGCAACAAGAAAAACAAAAGACGUGGGACAUGAAGUCGCCAAUUUAAUCAACACUUUAGGGGAGCUCGUGGGACUAGAAUUGAAAAAUGUCCAUUUGAUAGGACACAGUUUAGGAGCACAUGCAGCCGGUUUUGCUGGCAAAAAGCUCCAAGGGCAAGUAGGUCGCAUCACUGGGCUUGACCCGGCCGGACCGAAGUUCGAAAAAGCGAAUCCCACAGAUAGGCUUAAUCAUACGGAUGCACAAUUUGUAGACGUCAUACACACAGGUGCAACCAGCAUUUUUGGAAAUGGUAUAAUAGUACCAUGUGGCCACGUUGACUUUUAUCCGAACGGCGGUAAAAAGCAACCAGGCUGUGUUCCUUCAAAUAAGAAUGAUGUUAUUGGCAUAAUGGGUGAGCUCGUGUGUGACCACUUGAGAGUCCAAGAUCUAUUCACAGAAUCUAUUAACUCAAAGAAUUUGUUCGUUGCAAACAAGUGCGAUUCAUAUGAUGAAUACCUACAAGGUAAUUGUUUUUCGAGUGACCUAACAGAUCUUAACAUAAUGGGUUUGAAGGCGAAACAAUCUUCUUCUCCUCCCGGUACAAAAUACUUCUUAAUCACGGGAGAUGCCCCGCCGUAUUGCAGACAGCAGUAUAAAGUCACAAUGAAUUUAGAUAAACCUUUAGGUUUUGUCCUAAACGACAACGAUUCACUUAGCAAUUCAACGGAAACCACCCUUGUGAUCAGCCUACCUGUGAAUCAAUGAGCAACGAAGAAGUCCUUCAGGGAAUACGACGUGGGACAAUACUAACAAUAUUUUGUAAAAAUGAAGCGACAGAAACUGAAGAAUACGGUUCUAGAUAGGAUAUAUAAAACAUUUGUUUAAUAAUAUAAUUAGUGAAAAUAUUAUAAAUAUAUUAUGUAGUAUUGUGUAAUAAAGUAAUUGAU